UCAUAGUCCAACGUGGAACUAAGGCUGAAGUUACUAUUAACUCUUUAUAGACUCCGUUAACCAUUUGUUUAACUUACUGUUUUCAGUUAUUGGGAUCCUCAGAGAGGACAUAACCUGGACUUUCCCUUCCUCUCUCAUCCUGAUCCUAAUAGCAUCUGUAACUGGAUUAAAAAUCUUUUCUUUCAGGAGGCCAUCCAGGCUUUCAGCUCACAAGAAAUCUUCCCCUGCGAGAGGAGAGAGGGACCUCCCAGAAGGGGCUGGAGGCUCUCCCUCUCAACAGCCGGACUGCAGGAUGACUUUUCCUUCAACACACUGGUCCCGCCCACUGGCCUAUGGCAGAAGCCAGAAAAAGCGACGAUAGGAAAGGGAGGCCCCCAUCAGGGGACUUAGAGGCAGUGUUCCUGUUAUCUGCUUAGAUCCCAAGAAUGACGCCGAGGGGCCGCGCUGGUUACCAGAGAGGCUGGUUCGCCACGCAACAGUCCAGACAUCCGAGAGGGAGGACCAGGACCCAACGGGAGGGUCAGAUAACGAUACUGCUCCAGAAUGAAGCGUGGGGUGGUGUUGCUCGUUCUUCUAGCCUGGUGCUCCGGAACAGAAGCAAGGGAAUAUUGGGCAUACGUGCCUGAUCCCCCGUUGCUGCACGUGUCCAUGUGGGAGGGUCGCAACGUCCCGGUUUAUGUUAACAAUACCAAGCUUCUUGGGAGGCCUUCGAAUGGUCACCUCCAGGCGCACAACCCAGUGCCAUACAACUUUUCUGCUGUAGGUGAAGGCACUCCUAUCUGUUUUUCCAAGAACGUGAGUGCAACGGGCUGUGUUACCCUCCAGGGGGUUACCUUUCAUGUCAACAGCUCCACCGUCGGAUGGAAUAUCAAUGUGAUGAGCCUCGGGGGGUUGGGAACCGGACUGAAUGCCUCUCUUCCCCGAGACGUCCUGCCAUGUGAGAAACCAUCCGAUAUACGAGAGCACUCAGUACCUUGGGAACGGUGCUACACCAAUCAAGCUGUUGCCUUCCCGAUCCAGGGCACCAACUCAUCCAUCAUCAACUGGUCCAUCUUCAACAAGACCAGUUGGACUCAAGGACUCUAUGAGGGACUCUGGAGCGUGGCUGGCGGUCCAAUCCAGCUACUACUCUGGAAAUUGGCUGCUGCUCUGAACACGGUCACAGCCGUGGUGACCUAUCCGUCUAGUGAUAAGAAUAAGAACUGGACUGCAAGCAGCUGGACAGUUAAUGUGACUGCCUGUGUGCCAGAGCCUUAUGCCUUGCUAGUGGGGAAGGUGAAUAUUUCCCAUCAAGGUCAGACCUUUAAUGUUACUUGUGUAAAUUGUCUGUUAACCAAUUGUAUUGCUAAUAUACCUUGGGGAGAACAGGUGGUUGUUCUCCACCAGCCUGCCUUUGUAAUCUCUCUGAGCCCUGCUGCAGCUGCUGCUGCGGCCCUUACCCAAGAGGUACAAACAGCUCAUUUUGUCAAUGAUUUAUCCAAAAAUGUUAGCACAGCCUUAGGGACACAAGAGGUGAUUGAUAGAAAGAUUGAGGAGAAGCUCAAUGCUUUAUAUGACAUGGUUAUGUACCUAGGGGAAGAAAUAGAUGGGUUAAAGUUGUAG